AACCCCAGAAAUAAUGGCUGAUGCUGCACAUAUAAUUCUUACCAAAAAUUCAAAAGAAUUCAGUGGUAAUUUUGUAAUUGACGAAAUAAUUUUACGCGAACAUGGUCAGACCGAAUUUGAUCAUUAUGCUGCUAGACCUGGUGGCAAAGAUAUGACUAUUGAUUUAUAUAUUGAUGAUGAGAUAAUUAAUCGAGUGAAAGCGUUGAAGGAAGCGGAGUCACUUAAUAAAAAUUCUAAACUAUAA